GUAUUAAGCGUUUGUUAGGAUAUUUCGCGCUCUGGUGCAUCGUGAAUAACAGGACGUCUUAUCAUUUUGUUAUUCGCCUUUGCUCGGGAAUUUCCACACAGAAAACUAUAAUUUAAAAUACGAUUGUGUAACGUUGGCCGAAAUUUGUACGGCAAGAAAUAAAAGUUGCCAUAUUCUACCCUUGCUUUGGGUAAGAAGACCAAUCUAGAAGUUUAAUUUAUUCGGAUUAAAAUUGGCUUGACUCAAUCGAAUGAAAUUCACAUUUGAAAUACGCAUACACAAAAUUUUGAAAUGCUUAAAUUCGAUAAAUUGUAACCAUUGGUCACAAUUUAUAGCUUGCUGGGUCUCCGCAGCUCCCCAGGGAUCCACAAGAUCCCCAUGUCAGUUCAUAACCUACCAGUAAGCAUCUUUUUCCCCAUUCCAUUCCGUUCUAAUGAAAUAUAGAGCCUUGGCGUAAAUCCCGAUGUCUAUGCUGAAACAGAUGCAGGGUCAUUAGGCCGAAUGGUAACUAGGCCAAAUGGUUGUAACGUUUUGCGUUUUUUAGUUAUAAUCGAGAAGAAAAAUAAAUAAAUAGACUAAAAGUUAUUUAAAUUUUUGUUUUGUAUUUAUGUUGACGAUAUUGAAAUAUUUCAUUUGUUUGUAAAAUCGGUUCAUGCCUGUUACCAAUGAUCAUGUAUGUCAUAGUAUGUGUUGAAGCUUUCGUGUUAUUGUCGCGCUUAUCUUUUAUUAGAGUCCUGCGGCGGUCGUACGCUCGCAAUGCAUACCGCCGCAUGACAGUCGCAAGGCAAAACAAAAGAAAAAGUGUUCCCGCCAAAAACAAAAGCACGUGGGUUUCGCGAAGUGACAGAUGUUUUUGAAUGUAUUUGUGACGAACGGCAAGAGUAGCUCAGUGGAAUGAGUGUUCUUGCUGUCAAACCCCAUAUAGUUAAUUAUAUACUUCUAAAUCUAGUGACGCUGUUAUGAUUAGUGACUGUCGCGCUAAUAUCAGAAGCCAGAGGCAGAUAAUCGCCAUAUUCUGAUUUUUCUUGAGAGGCAUAAUAUUAGCGCUUUUAUAGCACGAUGCGCAUGGCGCUUGCAUACUUUUUGGCGGAUUACAGUCGCACUGCAAUUUUGUCGCCAUGCAUAAAAAUCACCAUGCCAAAAUAGUUAGCGCGAUUUGGAAUAAAAGUUAGCAAUUUCAAUAGUGGGACUUUUGAAAAGCGGCACAGUUUCGAGGAGCAAACGACAUUCUGACUCGGUCAUUUCGCUACGAGUACGGCUGGCAAGCAGAAGUGCGCGAGUUAAGCCUAAAUCGUUCUAAAGUUAUAUUGAGUUUGAGUUCAGUUUAAUCGUUAAGUGUCCGACAUUCUUUUUGCUUUUUUCUACACCGUGCUUUUUAAAUGGGCGCUAGGUACCCGGGUACCCUGUCGGCCACAUAAGGGUUAAGAUUGAGUUGAAGUUAAUUGAACGUUAUUACUGUGCAAGUUAUUUUUGCAAAUUAAAGGUAAAAGUAGUGAGUGAAUUUCUUAAUGUACAAGUGAUGUUAAACGUUUUUGGUGUCUUUCUUUCACGUUUAGUGGACCGAGGUCCGAGAUUUCGCGGUUUCUGCUGAAUUUUUAUUGAGUUACAUUUAUAAUUCUAAUUAUAGUUAAAGUGCUUAAAUCUAAUGGUAGUUCCUGUUGGACGUGUAGCGCCCAGCGCUUUUUCGCACGGCUGGUUUUUGUGAAUUUUCGUUCGGCAACCGUCAUCGCUUAAUCGGGGAACUUCUGGUGGAGUGUACCGCCAUUUCCGUAGGCAGUUAAACGGAGGCGUGAGUGCAUUAUCGUAGCGAGGUUCUCCCGUCGGUCGCCAAAAGCCGAAGGUAAGGUCCCGUCCGUCAAUCCCCGAGGACCGGAGUACGAUUCGCUGAAGCGUGUCGUCAAUAGCACGCCGCGAAUCCGAUCCAAAUCUAGAAAAUAGAAAACGUACCAUUCCCCGCUCGGUCAUUGCAGGAAUCUAAGUACACGAAGCCGGGUCGCUGGGCUUUUGGUGCCUUUCUAUCGACCGGAGGAGGAUCCUACCGGGUACAAGCGGCAUCCGCUGUUUCCCUCUCGAGUAGAACAAUCGGAAGCUUCCAACCAGCCGCCACUCCCUCCGCACCGGUAAUUCGGCCAUACUGCACACGGGUCCUUCGUCGUCGCUGCGCGCCAAAUCGCAGCACGGUCACGCCGGCGAACACCAUUGUUGAUCGCCAUCUCCAAACAUCGAAGUCGUCGCCAUCUUCUAGCUACGUCCUCCGUCCCCGAGCAUCGGAUCGCCGAAAAACCUGCGCAGGUACGUGAGAGCUUUUGUACAUGGCCAUGUUUUGCUCUUUUCCAUCCCGUAUGAAUAUCUUCCGUCCAACACGAAUGAAUUUCCUAGAAUAAAUAGUAGAAAGUUUAAAAUUUCGUUUAGUUCCGUUAAGUUUCACAUCACUCAGUUGAAUAAACAUACUCACUACCUUACGUUACGUUUUUGUCCCAUUACUUCGCUCGGAUGAGUGAGAAUCCCUUCGGUUUUCCCUAAGUAUUUUUAGCCUGUGAAAGAGUUGGAGUUAAAUUUGCGUUCGAAGAAAUUCUGCCGUUUAACGAGAACCGUUCAAAACCGUUCCCGAGUGAAAUAGUCUCUUGCAAAGUCGGGCAAAUUUCAACACGACCGGUAGUCCCUCUUUGAGAGUGGCGCUUAAGCCACCGUGCUUUAACCAAAUCCGCAAGAAUAGUUUACGAACGGUUACAUGGUCACUAGGCCGAAUGGUCAUCAGGCCGAAUGGUUAUCAGGAUGAAUUGCUAUUCAGCACUUAUGGAACUGGAAACGGAUCUGUUGAUUUUACCUUUUUUUUAACAAUUAGUGCCAAAAAAUAUUUUAACAAUGAAACUAGAAAGAAUUAAAAUAGCUGAUGUUUAAAAAGAAAAAAAAAAUAUGGAUUGAAUAUCAGCAGUUUCAGCGCAAAAAAACUGUUUUGGUAAUGAUACUUGAAAGAACGACCUAUUUUCAAAAGAAGGACAAAUUCAUGCUGAGGGUGACGGGUUCAAUUCGUGGACCAGGAACAUUUUGUAAAGGAAAUUUCCUUGACUUCCUUAGUUAUAGUGUAUCUUCGUGCCUUCGUGUAGUUAUAGUGUAUCUUCGUGCCUGCCACACAUGAAACAUGGUCAUUGGCAGCGGAAGCUCUCAGUUAAUAACUGUGGAAGUGCUCAUAGAAAACUGUUCGAGGCCGUAUGAAGUUGAUCAUCAAUAUUAACUUCUUUUCUCCAUCAGCCUCCUGCAUGAAUAUUACUGUACACACCACAAUACCAUCAUAGCUACUAUUGUUACCUAUUAUCGCUAAGUUCGCAUCACAUUCCGACACAAGCGGAAAAACAGUAACAGAGUUACUAGUUAAUAUGGUUACUAUAGGUAUUAUUUUCUACAAACAGUUUCUACUGUGUCACCAUAAGCAAAAAUUGUCCAACCAUUAAAGUUGUUGUAAUUCGAUCUGACUGGCUGUGAAUAAAUAAACAUGGUGGAUGAAGUGAGUGUGGCUAAGUAUCCCUGCAUGAAAAGUGUUUUCCGGGCCAAAAUUUCUUGAUAUUCGUAUAAUUCGUUAAACGGAGCCAACGGGGGUAAGUUUUUUCAUUUGUUUUUUACUGUGCUUUCGAUUGAAAUAGAUAUUUGUACUUUUUGGCAGAGCGAAGCAGCAUCCCAGAAAAGUUUUUUUUAAUUUCUUUUUAUUCGUGAGUUUUAACUUAGGCUAAUUCUUCACAAUCCCACACAGAUCGAAAAAAGAGUGUAAAAUUCUGUGAUAUAUAAUGCACAUGAUUGGAGCGUGGAAUAUCACAGAAGUUUACAUGACAUAUCAUGUAAAAGUCAUAGAAUAUCAUGUAAACUUCCAUUAUAUGUCAUGUAAUUCAGCAUGACUCUGUGUGUUUACAUGACAUAUAACGUAACUUUACAUGAUAUAUCAUGUAAACCAUCAUACCACUAAGUUUACAUGACUAAACUGAAGUUUACAUGACGUGUAAAUCUCAUUAUUUUUAUCUGUGCAGUAAAGUAUCUGCAGCGGUCAGUUGGAUGUCCAUAUUCUUACAUCAGUGUUUGUAAUGCCUACCGGAAGAUUGAGCAUGUGGAUCUUUCAACUGGCUGAGAACGAAAUGCUUCACCAGACAAACACUGUUUCGGUACCUCCACGCAGUUCCGGAUGGUAGGUGAAAAUAUUGUUAUUAAUUAAGAUUUGUAGUUCAAUUUAUUUUUUACCGUUCCUGAUAGCCGCAGCUAGUUUCGGAACUGCAUCGAAAGGAAUCAUCCGAUUGGAGUCAGCUCGUUGAGGUGUACACGACAUUUAGAUGAAACGUGACCUUCCCAUGAACCCGCUCUAACCACGCUCUUGGGGAGCUCCGAAAGAAGUUGGUGAAGUUAAUGAAUAUGCAGUGGCAGUCUUUUCAAAUUUCAGAAAAAAAUUUGUAAGAAAUAUAGGACAAAUAUUCGAUUACUUAUAUACGCUUUUUCAAUAAAUCAAAAAAAAAAAUGAUAAGUAAAAAGGAUUAAAUUUUAUUAUUUAAUUAAAAGUGAUGAAAACUCAAGAAAAAUUAAAACUUAAACCAUAUCCUCUACUGUACUAUGGUAGGAUACAACUAUACCCAGAGCCGUAGCGUGUGGUUGGCCAGGUUGGCUGAAUUGUUGAAAUUCAGCAGCUUGUUUUACCUUUACAUCUGAGUUUCUUCUUAUUUUUAAAACUCCUAUGAUGAAAUCAACAUGAUUUUUGAUAUCUUACAAAUAUUUAAACUAUCUUUAAGAAAUUAAUUUAAAAAAAGUUAGUUUUCCAAAUAUUGAAUUCUGAAUACAUGAUAUUAGAGAAGUGAUUAACGAAUUUGUCUUGCACAAUGUAAAGUGAUAGUUGCCCAAAAUUAAAAAAAAAAUGUUAAAAACUUUAGUGCGCCGUGACAUUUUUGGAAAUGUCAAAGGGCGCCGCGAUAGCAAAAAGUUUGGGAAAGUUUGGCUGACCAGAUAGUAACAAGAUAAAAACGAGACAUAUGAGCAUACAAUGCGGGACAUACAAAAUCUUUAAGUCUGAAAUUAUAAAUUGUUUCAUGUACACUUUAGGGAAUGAUUAUGUUGCAAAAGUUCCCAGGUAUACAAAUUCGAGUACUUUUAUAAAAGAAAAAUACAUUAAAAAACCUGUGAGUGUAAACAAUGUUUUGAGACCACUAAGUUAUCUUUGAAAUUAUGUUAAAAGAUAACGCUGUACAACAGACGAUAGGCCGCUCUUAAACCUGAUUUUUAAAUUAUGGCUGAAUAAGCUGUUAUUCAGCUAAAUGAUUAUAAUACAAAGAAGAGACAAAAAAUUAGAUGUUUUUUUCCUGUAUGUUCAACGAACUUCUAAGAAUUUUAAUUUUGAAGACAAUUAAAGGCAGUAAGAUCCAUAACCGAUAAGAAAAUAAAAAUUAUCUUAGUUUGAGUCCAAAUCACAUUUUUCCAUCGCCUAUAAAUUUUAUUAUUUUUGGCUAAAACUUGGAGAACUGAAUAACUUUCGAAAUUUAAGUCGGACCAAAAUAAUCAUAUGAUCUUAUGAAAUCUUAUAUAAGAAUAUGUCUCGAAGUUAUAAUAUUUUAUUGUAUAAUUAUUUUUUGUGCAAUUGAAGAAUGACUGAAAAUGCUAAAAAUUAUGUAUGUUUAUUUUUAAAUGUAAUUAUUUUUUGAUAUUCGUAGUUUGGUCCAUUUUUAUUUCUACUUUAUAUUUAUGGGCAACUAUUUUAAAAGAAUGUAUGGUAUUAUUUCAACAAAUAUUUUCAUUUUUCGUAUUUUAAGUCUGAAAUCCCUAAUCAUAUAAAAAGUCCCUGGGCUUAGAUUAUAUCUUCCAGGAAGCUUUGAUUUUAGGCAUGUGGCCGAUGUGCUUUGCAGUAGUGAUUGGCUGAAUGGCUGUGUUAGGAGGCAUGUCGCGUUCGGAACAUUGACACCUUAUCAACAGCAGCUUCUAUUUCGAGCAGCUUCAAUACUGCAAUUUAUUAUCAUUAUUAGCUAAAAAUUUCAUUACAAUUACAUUACACAUUAAACUUACAAAGAAGGAUCGGUUCACGGGACAAACAACUCUCCUAACACAGUGCACUCUCAUCGUAGUUCCUAUCGGACUCAUGGACAAAAUUACACUGCCGAAUCGCCGCACCUCACUGCAAUAGGCAGCUCCGAUCGAAUCCUCGAUACUUUAGUUUCAGGGUUGCCAGGUCCACUAAGCACGAAACGUAAUGCGAGCAUUCGUAACAUCCCCCCCCCCCCCAUCUUCCAAACCUCCAAUGUGACGUAGUGUUGAUACGAUGUUCCAUGUGAGUUCUCAUUAUGGUUUGCGAGACAGUAAACUUCAUCCAGGUGGCAGCACCAUACCUUCGUAUACGCAAUUGUGGUAGGUACGGUUGAAACAAACUGGCCCCAUCCACUGCUCCGCAAUUAUAAUUUCUGCUGCAAAGUCUUUCCCAUAUCAUCAUUCUCCUCUUCUGAGCUGGUGAUUGUAUGCAAUGAUGAGCUCCAUUCAAACCAUCCAAACGAUAACCACCGGGAUCGAACAACAACACCGGUUUCAAACGAUGAUGUUUGCUUUGCUUACUACCGCGCAUGCAUUGUUUUUCGUUUCCCAUAGGAUACGGCACUCGGUGAGCUACCUGAUCUGCGUCGUCGUAGUUUACACAGACCCGGUAAGCGAAGCACUGCACAAAGUUGAUUGUUUUUUCGGGAUUGAUGUCGUAGACUAUUUCAUUCUUUGAAAUUGCAUGAUGUAUUGACUUCUUCUUCCCGAGCUUGUACACAGAUGACGUCAUGGAUUGCAUACUCACAAACGAAACAGCUGUUGGAAAAUCAGCUGGUAAUUUUUUGGUGAUCGCUCCACUCUCAUGAUGAGAUGAACACUCUAGAUCACCUUUGAUAGCGCCUUGUGAAACAGUAGAAAAAACUUUGCUUGCGAAGAUGGUUCGGGAGAGUCUGCAUUUUUUGGAUCCACUGCUCUCGUGCAGUACUAGGGUAUCGCGCUACUUGGGCGGUGGUUUUCUUCGUCUGUUAUUUUCGUCUGUUUUCCACUGUAACUCGGUCAAUUUUGAACCGAUUGACUUGAAAUUUUGUACACGGGUAGAUACUAUACCUAUCUCACCGCAUUCCAAGAAUUGUGUCAAUUGGAAGCAAUCAGUGAAGUACUAGAUUGAAAGUAGUGAGCUGGAUUUUUGUAUGGUGAGAUGAUCAGUUCUCCAUUUCUGCAAAGAAAUGGUGCAAACAGCGUGGGUUAUAUGGUUUCUUGCCUAAUUUAAUGCUGUUUGAGCAAAAGUUUGAGAAACUGUGUUGUUGAAGUUUCAAGAAAUAAAUAUUUCAACAACACAGUUACUCAAACUUUUGCUCAAAUAGCAUCAAAUUAGUCAAGGAAUCAUAUAACCCACACUGUUUGUACCGUUUCAUUACAGAAAUGGAGAACUGAUCAUCUCACCAUACAAUUAUCCAGCUCACUACUUUCAAUCUAGUACUUCACUGAUUGCUUCCUAUUCAGUAGAAAUACAGCUUCCUAUGAUCUGCAAACAUGUGGUGUGGGUAUUACAUACUUUCAAAGAUGAAAGAAGGCUGUUGAUAAAUAAGGCUAACAUCAAUGGUCCUGAAACCGAUACUUGUAGCUCUCCCAAUAGAGUACCGAUCAGGCUUCAAUGAUUUCCUUUAACUUCCACAAUUUGAAAGCGGUUAUUCAAAUAGGAUUUACUCAAUAAAACAGAAUCUCAACUGAAAUCAAAUAGAUGUGAUAACCUGUGCAGUAGUUCAAAAUAAGAAACUCUAUUAAAAGCUUUUGGAAAACCAACCAAUAGCAGAAGGCUAUUUCUUUUUUACCGAUAUGGACAUCGUCAUGCAUCUUGAGCAAAUGCCGAAGCAAAUGUCGAACAGGUGUUUUCAACUAGUGGAAGCAUUUCUUGUUUAAACUCUUUUUUGCUGAAAAUGAAAACAUUAUAUGAGGUCACGAGGCAAAGCAAACGCCACAGAAUUGCAUCAGUAUGUCAAUUCUUGUACCAUGUAAUGUAAAAAUUGUGCAUUAAAUACUUUAUUUUUUAAUUCACAAGCCAUCUAAAUCUGACAAUCUCACAGAAAUGCACACUUACGCCACAAAGCAGUUAAAUUUCCAACCACCAGACUACUGCAUAACUUUGCCAUAGGCAAGAAGUUCCUUGAUGGUGAGGAACAUUAGAUAAUUAUUUAAUAACAUAUGUCAAAAUGUUCUAAUUUAUUUGCUCGCAAGCACCAAGAGAAGGUGAAAUUGUAUGCCACUCUUGCCACUGUUUAAGAGCCAUUAACUAUCUCUACAACUUUGAUGAAGAUACGACAUUUAUUUCUGGUCUGAAUCAUGAGGUAAAGCAUGCCAAAAUGCAGAGCAAAUUCUUGAGUUACAAUUAUAACUAAAUUAUAUCCACUUUUGUUAUUAUAUCCUAAGAUGACGUAAUUGCGAUAAAAUGUAUCAAGAACACUUUCAUGUGACGUCAUAUUUUCUCUCCCCUGUACGUUGGACAAAUAAGUCUAUUUAUAGACCAACCGCCAAAACGAAGAACCACUUGAUCAUAUACCGCCCUUCACUUCAAGUGCUGCAAUGGCCUCAUUGAUAAAGGCGCCGGAUUGCAGGUGAAGGUUGGCGUCCUUGGUUCGAUUCCCGUCUGGGUGUGGGUUUUUUAUAUACUACGUGGGGCAAGCUUUUUUAUACAAAAAACUUUGCGCCUAAAAUAAAUAACACUCUUAAUAAAAAUUACCCAAAAAAUGAGUUAAAUUUUACCCAACUUAAUUUUUACCCAAUAUAUUUAUAUCUAAUUUAUAACAAAAUGUGUUAUAAUUUAUUGAUCAUUCCAAUAUUUGUUAUAUCUCACUUUGUUAUAAAUUUGUUAAAAUUGUAUCAACACCUGUUAUAAUUAUGUUAUGGCUAGAGCAAUUUCAGUUAUAAUUUUUGUUAUUUUAGCACCUAACCGGCGAUUUUUAUGAUUGUACGACAUUUCCCCGAAAACCAGUUCCCCGAAUGAAGUUUCCCCGAAAGUUUUUUCCCCGAAUGUACCAUUUCCCCGAAAAAUGUUUCCCCGAAUGUACCGUUUCCCCGAAAAGAUUAUUGCAUAUGCCAUUUAACAUUGACCCAAUGCACAACUAGGGGCAACUAAGACGAAUUACGCUUAGCCAAAGUACGUCAGACCGAAGUACGUUAAGCCGAAUGGGUAAGCUGAAGUUCAUAUGGUAGACUGGGUCAGUAGUCCGUCUUCUUAAUUUUCUACAUAAACGAUGUUAAAAUUUGUUUUCAAAGGCCUAGAAGAUGUUUUGACUUCUUGAUGUUGGUGUUAUACUGUUACUGAAGAACUGAUGAUCAACCCAAGUAACAUGUCGAUAGGCAAUUAGUCUUGUAGAGGUUUUGAAAAUCGCCAUAAAUCUUUCUAUUAUUUUGGUUUUAUUAUGGUUCUAAGAACCUCUUCUAGUGUAUUUGACUUAACAAUGUUACUUGGGAAGUGAUAACACUGCCAACAUUCCAUCUGAAAAUGUCGCCACUUUUUAUAACACGCAGUUGUUUUUAGUUGUAAUAUUGCAUAGCUUAUUGACGGUAGUAAUUUAUCAAACCACUGAAUGUCCCAUGUCAGAUUACCCUUCUUUGAGAAGUCGGCUAUUCUUUUAAGUAUUGGGUUAUAUAUGAUCAAACUGGGUUUUUUUCUUGGCUUUCAACUCAAUCGUAAUGAUGCUCGUCCGGCGUAAUGAUACUUUCGGCCUAACGAUUGCAGCCUAACGUACUUCUGACAUACUUCUGCCUAAAGAUCCAGCAGCGUCUUUUCGACUAGAUUGAUAACCUUUCAUUUAAUAAAAUUUUCCUUCUUUCAAACAUAGGCUGUUCUUUUAAGUUGAACAGCUCAAUCAAUCAUCAGUAAUUUGUCUGCUGCUAUAUUUUUUUUGUGACCGACUGUUCUAGUAGGUAUCUAUAGGCAUUAUAGUAGAAAUCUUCAUCAAAGAUUCUUCCUUCUUUCAUCAUAUACUGUUCUUUCAAAAUAUUGCCGGCGGUCUUACUGUGGUGGUCUGUUCCGUAGAAAUGUCAAUUGGGUUGUUUAGUGAAUAAAAUAUUUCUAUUCUCUAUAGCCUAAUCGAGAGAGCUCAUUUUUCUGAGCAUAACGUGAUUUUAUUCGAUUCUAAUACCUUUGUUUUGAUGGUUAAAAUAACAAAACAGUUUUGAUUUUCGUGGAUAGAAUGACAGUUCAAUCGAUAAAAUGACAGUUCGACCCGAACAUAAAAUUUUCCCCAUGCAAACUUUAAAUGCAUUUUAAAAAUAGUUCCCGGACUCCAAAAACUAUGAAAUUUUGGAUUUCGACUAAUUUUUGGGUGGAGAAUACGAUUAUGAAAUAAUCCGGAUACCCCUAAAGAACCCAAUUGUAAAUGCUACUUCGAUCAUGAUUGAUCCAUUGAUUUACAAAAAAAAGAGUGCUUAGCUUCAAAUCUGUUUGUCAAACACAUUGACUUUUGUUUUAAAGCCUGUUAAUACACAUUAACAUUGUGCUCAUAGGCUUCCUUCGCUAGCAAGAAUACUUUAAGACUUAAAGUUGAAGUCAUAAAGAUCAUGUGUUUUACAAUGACAAUGAACUUUAGCAUAUUACUACUAUAAUCAGGAUGACUCGUUUUAAAGAUAUUAUGUGUUUAAAGGGCGUUUUCAUCGAUUGAAAAUUUAAACAUAAAUAGAAAGAAUGGCCUAUUAAUGAAAGAAGGGAAAAUUAUGAUAAGCGUGUUCUUAAUUGAGUGCCAUGUCAUUUUCAAUCAGUACAACAGAAAAGAACGACCCAUAUUUAAAAAGAAAAGCAAACCUCAUUGAAACAUCAUGAAGAAAAUUAUAUCUCGAAGAAUUCCCAUGAAAAGAGGGAAUACACAAUAUCAAUGAGAUGUGAAAGUUUCAGAUAAUGGAAUUAAUCAAUGAUUAGAAACCAGUACUAAAUAUAGUAUCAUAAAUAUUUCGGGGAAACGGUGCAUUCGGGGAAACGGUACAUUCGGGGAAAUGGUACAUUCGGGGAAACGGUUCGUUCGGCGAAUCGUUUUUCGGGGAAAUAACUUUCGGGAAAACUUCAUUCGGGGAACUGGUUUUCGGGGAAAUGUCGUACAAUCUAAUCUAGGGGUAUAAAAGAUGUGCCCUCUGUUUUCUGUCUUCAUUUUCGUUGGAUCGGCCAAGGAGGUAGGAUGUCAUCUCCAGCAAGCAGCCGCAUAUCGACUGCGAUGACUCUCGGCUGAUAGCACCAGGAAUCUUAUCCACGGCAGCAAGCGGCGGGCCAGUUUUCGACGACGCCUAGUAUUGAGCGCGGAAGAAUCCAACACGCAUUGCGUGGCAUGAUGAAUUCAUCAAAUUCGUCCAUUAUUCAAACGGUCCUUUUCAGGACCAUCGAAAGUGAUUCCUCAAGAGUUACUUGGAGAAAUUUCCACCCUUGAUCGAGAAAGGUGUACUUCGUUGCCAGCAAGAGUGAAGACGGUCAUUAAUCUCAUCCACGGCAGCAAGCGGCGGGGCAGUUUCAGGUUGCGUCCAUCAUUCAGCACUGAGAAAACCAACACGCCUUGCGUGGCAUGGUGAAUUCAUGCCACUUCCUUCCUAAAAUCGUCAAUCAAUCAAACGGUCCUUUACAGGACCACCAAAAAUUAUUCCUCAAGAGUUGUGAAUAGGGUCCUAAAAUGAAAAAUAUUUCCCCGGUUUUGCUGCAUAACACGAAAGAGCAUGCUUUUCUGAUCUCAAUGGUAAUUUUUCCGAACUUAAACAAUAACAGAAUAGUUAAUAAACUUGAAAAUAAAAUAAUGAUGCGCAGGUCUUGUUUGACAUUCGAGGUCAACCUUGACGUAACGAAAGUGAAACGGCGGAUUGCAGAAGACACCACAUUGGCUCACUUUUGACAAUAAAUGUUCCUGUUUGACAUACACGGUAAACAAAGUUUACCCAAAAUUUAGUGCUAAACAAGGAGUGUUGCAAAAAUUAUUAAAAUUUUUGAAAAUAUAUUUUAUGGGCUUUACCUAAUAGGAAUACUUAAAAAAUUAGUAAACAUGUCGUUUUAAUCAAUGCUUGAUUGAAUUAUGCAGAAAUUGAGAUAGGCCUUUAGGAGCCUAUUAGAUAAUUUCAUUCCACCGAACGAGAAAAGUGUGGUGCAACCAUCCAAUAUUUUGGUUACUUCAGCCGUUCAAUGAAAAUUUUCUCAUUUCUUGGUUGAUUAAUCGUUUGAAGCGUCUGGAGCAUGCGGGACGGGUCAUGCAAACGGAAUAAACUGCAAAGCCAGCCAAAUGGGAGGAGCUUCAUCUGCUAAUCUAGGGAUAUAAAAUCAGAGUUCUCUGUUUUCUUUCGUCAUUUUCGUUGGCUCAGUCAAGAAGGUUGGAGGUGGAUGUCACAUCCAGCAAGGCAGCAGCACACCAACUCAGCGACUACUCUCGGCUAUCGUGCUAAUGAUAGCACCAGGAAUCGCAUCCAUGGCAGCGGAGCGGUGGGCCAAUUUUCGACGGCGUCCAGCAUUCUCCGCAGAGAAAAUCAACACGCAUUGCAUGGCAUGGUGAAUGCAUCAUAAUCGUCCAUUAUUCAAACCGGUUCUUUUCAGGACCAUCGAAAAUGAAUCCUCAAGAGUUAAUUAGAUAAUUUCCAACAUCGAUCGAGAUGUAGUGCAACCAAAAAGCAAAAGACAGAGCAUCGUUGCCAGCAAUAGUGAAACUGGUCAUUAUUCUAAUGCACGAUCGCAAUAUGAUGUUUGGGAAGCUAUGGCUUAACGCCUUUCAAUAUUAUAAUCAUUUUAUCUUUUCGACGAAAAUUCUUUCAAACAACGGUAAAAUAAUGCUCAACCCCCAAGUGAUGGCCAACUACGCGAGUUACGGAAGGUUUAACUAAUUAACAUCUUAUGAAUGCGUUCAGUGAAAUGAAUCAUAUAACAACUUUAAUCAACACAUCACUCCGCCGAUUUUAAUUUUGCCAGUAUACAUUGUAUAGGCCUUUUAUGUGAUAAAUCCGUUAGGCAUUUAUUUACGAAGGUCGGACAGCAAUGACCCGAAAAAUCAGCAGAUGUAAGACUUCAAAUGAAAGGGCCUUUGUCCUACGUCAACAUUGCGGUUAUGUCUCAGACAUUACCCACCCCUAGUUUUUCCACUUAUGAUCAGGUUUUGAUAUGAUUUACUCCAAUGUGUAUUGGAGAGACAACUUUCGUGCCAUCCCUAUCAAGUGUACGAUUUGCGUGCACACCCCUACACGCGCAUCAGCGGUGGCAAUCCCACAGCAGCAACAGCAGCAGCAGCAGCGGCGGCAGCAAGGCGUAACGCAAGAGGCGCCAUUUUAUCAAAAACCAAAAGUGCUCUCGCUGUGUGAACAUCGUUUCGUUUCAAUAUAUUUUUAUUUCGUUUAUUAAAUACUGCGUUUUAAUUCCACUGGAACAUUCGUCCCAAUAGGUCAUGAGCCCAGUUGCGUGAAAGUGUGGUAGUUUAAUUUCGGUAGUUCGUCGCGAAUCGUGAAUUUUGUUUUCCAAUCGAGGGACAGUAAAGUGCGUAGUACCACAAACAAAAUGGCCGACACGAAGGUCACGAUUGAGAAGCUGAACGACCAGAAUUAUGCCAUCUGGAAGUUCAAGAUGCGGCUUCUGCUGACGCGGGAGAAAGUGCUAAAUGUGGUGACCGAUCCGAAACCUGCAAAUGCUGAUGCGGCCUGGAUUUCGAACGAUGAGAAGGCGCAGGCAUUGGUGGGGUUGGCGCUGGACGACACUCAGCUGAUUCACGUGAUGCAGAAGACGACGGCGAAGGAGAUGUGGGAUGCUCUGAAAAGCUAUCACGAGCGAGAAUCUCUCUCCAGCAAGAUUCACGUCGUGCGGCAGUCGGUGUCCACCCGGAUGCCGGAAGGAGGAAAUAUGUCGGAACACCUGAAGACGAUAGCGGAGCUGCGACUUCGACUCACGGCGCUGGGAGAAGAUCUGAAAGAUCAUUGGUUUGUGGCUUUGAUGCUUUCCAGUCUUCCUGCGUCGUACGAUGGGCUGAUCACUGCCCUUGAGAGCCGGCCGGAUGACGAUCUCACGGUCGAUUUCGUCAAGGAUAAGUUGCUGAACGAAGGUCGUCGUCGCCUGGAGAAGAAUCCCGAGAGUGAAAGUGAAAGUGUUUGUGACGGAGCCGGCCAAGAAGAAGCCGUCUAGUGCGAAGCAGAAAGUGGCGAAAGUCUGCCACUAUUGCAAGAAAGAGGGCCACUUCCGAAAGCAUUGCCGGAAGUUCCUCCAGGAUCAGCAAAAGGAGAAAGUGUCAGUGGCUGCCGAGCGUAAGAAGGAGUUCGAGAUGUGUCUGGCUGCUAAGAGUGUUGGUGAAACAGGUGACUGGUAUCUUGAUUCCGGUGCCACCUCCCACAUGACGAACGACGCGUCCUUCCUGGAGAAGAUCGACGAGUGCAACGAAUCGGUGAUUUGCUUGGCUGAUGGGAAGACCAUCAAAUCGACUGGUUCUGGUUCCGGACAGAUUUCGUGUGUGAACGGUGAAGGUGCGCGAGUGAAAGUGAAGCUGGGAAACGUUUUCCCAGUAGUUCCCAGUAGUAAGACCGGAUAGCCUUACCACCAUACUUCGGGUGGUCUUCGAAGCAUCUUGUUCUACCGACAAUGGCAUCUCCCUCAACGAUGCGCUUCUGGUUGGCCCUGUUGUCCAAGACGACUUGCUAGCGAUUGUCCUAUGGUUCCGAAUGCCCCAGUUUGCCGUCGUCGCAGACGUCGAAAAGAUGUAUCGGCAGAUUCUGGUACGAGAGUCUGACCAACCACUACAAAGGAUUCGAUGGAGAGAUUCGCCGACACAACCGCUACAAACUUUCCAACUUACGACGGUUACCUACGGAACAUUUACAGCUCCGUAUUCCGCGACGAAGUGUCUACAGAAGCUUUCUGAAGUCAUCCCGCUGCUGCAGUUGUUCUUGGUCGAGACUUUUAUAUAUAUGACAUGCUCACGGGGACCGACAGCGUCGAUGAAGGCCGGGAACUCUGUCAGGAGCUAAUAGAGCUAACUAACUCCGCUGGAUUACCCCUUCGCAAAUGGACUUCCAACAGUUCGGCUAUUAUGGAAGCCGUUCCUUCAAACCUGAGAGAUGAGCGUACCCUUUUCGAGCUUGACUCCUCUGCCUCGCCCAUAAAGGCACUGGGACUCCAGUGGAACACCGUUUCGGAUGAGUUCCAGUUUAACGUUCCGAACUACAUUACGCAGUUUGCCAAUCACCAAACAGACAGUACUCUCGGACAUCGCUUGCUUGUUUGAUCCUCUGGGCCUUGCUGGUCCAGUGUUGGUUCAAGCAAAGCUGUUUCUCCAAGAUCUUUGGCGAGACGGCUGUGAUUGGAAGGACCCGCUUAUCGAUUCUCGCCAACGCCAAUGGUUAGAACUUCGUGAUAGUUUCAGCCAACUGUCGGACCUCAAGAUUCCGCGGUGGCCUAUCGCAACUGUCGGAGUCGUGAGUCUUGAGCUUCACGGGUUUUCCGACGCGUCCGAAAGAGCUUAUGGUCCGUGCAUUUAUGUCCGCACUGUGUUCUCCACCGGCAACAUUCACGUUAACCUCCUCACCGCUAAAUCCAAGAUCGCCUCGAAAGGAAAGGGUCAAAAGGGAGGUAUCGUUAUCCUGCCUCGUCUCGAACUGUGUGGUGCGCUGCUGUUGAGCCACUUGUUUGAGAAAGUUGGGUCCAGCUUGCAACUCAAAUCCAAGAAUUUCUUCUGGACGGAUUCGGAAAUCACGCUCUACCAAAUUACUGCAAACCCCUCGCGCUGGAAAACGUUUGUCGUCAAUCGAUGCUCGGAGAUACAGCGCAUUACAGCGAAUGGCAUGUGGUCCCAUGUGCCAGGUUCGGAGAAUCCGGCAGAUAUAAUCUCCAGAGGAAUGUCUCCGGCCCAGUUAGGCGAAUUUUCGAUCUGGUGGAAAGGACCGGACUGGCUUUCGCAACCGUCUCGAUUCUGGCCGCCUCUUGGUCGUCCAACCAUGAAAACAUUUACUUUCGAGGAACUAGAGGAAAGGACAGUGUCCCUUCCGGUUCAAGUACAGACCCCAAAUGAGCUGUUCGACCUGUACUCUUCGUAUUCAAAGCUAGUUCGAAUCGUCGCGCUUCUUCGUAGAUUCGCCCAUAACGCGAUUGCCACAAACAGAACAGGCCGUCGCACUGGAUUCCUCACUACUACGGAGAUCCACGAAGCCUGGUUAAACUUGCGCAAACGGAACGUUUUGCUCAGGAACAAGUCGAUAUCGCUCGCAGCAAACAAGUCAAACCCAACUCUCGCCUGAAUACACUGUUCCCGAUUGUGGUCGACGGUAUACUGCGCGUUGGUGGCCGGCUGCGUCAUGCUCCGGUUUCGUUCGACCAACGCCAUCCGAUGAUCCUGCCGGACAAUCAUCCGUUCACCGAACUGAUAAUGGCCCACUACCCCGGAAACUUCUGUACGCCGGACCGCAGCUACUUACAGCUGUCAUACGGGAACGUUUCUGGGCUUCGCAUCAGUAAUCUUGGUCGCCGAGUUGUCCACGCUUGUACUCGAUGUUUUCGAUGCAAACCCGAGAUGUUGGAGCAGCUGAUGGGAGAACUUCCGCCGGAGCGGGUAUACAACCAGCAUUCCCAUUCCACACCGGAGUGGACUAUUGUGGCCCAUUUUCCUGUCGCCCUACCCGUCGUGCCACGGCGGUUAAAUGCUACGUAACGGUGUUCGUCUGUCUCGGGACGAAGGCCGUCCAUUUGGAGUGUGUCGCAGACCUGACCACCAAUUCGUUUCUCGCUGCCUUGCGGCGAUUUGUUGCCCGCAGGGGCAAACCGGAGCUGAUCAAGUGCGACAACGCCCUCAACUUCCAAUGAGCUAAACGGGAGCUAGAAGAGCUGGCCCGAUUGUUUCGGUCUCAACAGCACCAGGAUCAAAUAACCCGUAGUUUCGCGGAGGAUGGGAUAACAUUCAAGUUCAUCCCUCCCAGGUCCCCGAAUUUCGGUGGACUCUGGGAAGCGGCUGUUAAGUCCAUGAAGAACCAUUUGCGCCGUACUAUGGGAAAUGUGAUCCUCUAUCAGGACGAAUUUGAGACCUUGCUAGUACAAAUAGAAAGCUGCCUUAAUUCUCGCCCUUUGACACAGCUAACCUCGGACCCCAUCGACCUGGAGGUGCUCACACCAGGGCAUUUCUUGGUCCAUCGCUCGCUUAACGCCAUCCCAGAGCCCAGCCUAGCCGACAUCCCGUGCAACCGAUUAGAUCGCUAUCAGCAAACUCAGGAGUACGUUCGAAGGAUCUGGAGUCAGUGGCAGUCGGAAUACUUGUCUGGACUGCAGCCACGGACACGUUGGACGCAGCGGCGUAACAACAUCCAAGUCGGAACGUUAGUGCUGGUGAAGGAGGAAAAUCUGCCUCCGCUGAAGUGGUGCAUCGGACGAACCACGCGGAUCUACAGGGGAAACGACGACUGCAUCCGAGUCGUCGUCGUACGCACGAAUGACGGAGAAUAUCGUCGGGGAAUCUCCAAGAUUUGUGUUCUACCAAACCAACCCGAUGGUGGCGAUGCCACCGAACCGCAAGAAGGAAACUAGGAUCCUUCCACCGAUCGCAGUGUUCCACUGCGUACCGUCGGGAGGUCAAUUGACCUCCUCUUCAUGUAAGUCGUUGUGUUUAAAUGAAUUUCCAAAAAAGUAAUAGAAUUUUUCGUGCCCCAGCGCCUGUGAAGUCGUCGUCGUACCAACCCACCACUACGAGCGAGGUUCGAGCUGGCUAUCUCUCGACGGUCUGCAGCUGACCCAACGCAUCCACUACACGUCGGAUAGACUCGUGGAAUUGCAAUGUGGAAGGCAAGGACCUGAGAGAGCACGCCAGAACCGUCGACUGUCGGAUCAACCCCCGAAGGAUGCUUACCUGCCCAACUCAACGGUCACAGAAGGAUGUCGCCAUUCACCCCUCGGAUUCCAUUCACGCACAAGUACGCUCAGUACUUCGCUGCCAACGGUCAUCGUCCGGUAACGGACCCGUGGAGGCCGGUUGCCUCCGCUCCAAUUAAGUAUUGUUUUAAUGCUCUUUUGAUUGUUUGAAAAAGCCGCCUAUGUUUGUUCGCAGCAUUUCGAGUCAUCCCGAGGACGCCGCAUUCGAUGAGCCCGGAGAGAAGCAAUGACAGCAUCCCCCUACCGAUACAGAAGUCCAUUGAUUCAAGGUUGCGCGAAGUGAUCGCCCGAUCACAGCUGCCGAGGAGUCACAUGGUCCGGAUCCGACAAGUCCCGAGGAGUCACAUAGUCGAUCAGCGAGUCCCGAGGAACCGCCGGAGUUGCACGUGGAGGAAGUAAACAACGAACGAUGUCACAGCGAACGCAGAACCACCCAUCGGCCUCUAACAAAAGAGCGUCGGCCCGAAGAAGUAGAGGUAGCGACAACCGUCGCGAGAAAGCAGCAGAAGGAGAAAUUGUUAUCGCAUUAAGAAGUGAUAGAAUAAGAAACUACACACUCUGAAUUUGUUACCCUAGCAGUAAGAUAGGUAGAUACGUUUAAUUACUGAAGAAGAUAGGUUGUUAAAAUUUGCAUUUUCACGGUGGCCGGCAUGUUAAGUCUUAAAUCAGAUUGUAGAUCGUAACGUAAUUAUUGUAUGGCCCAACUGCUCGAAUAUGAUCAUUGCUAGUUAUCUCCUUUAUUCCAAUACCAUACAAAUAGCCAUCGCAGCAUCCGAUCGCUAUCAGUAUCUAUCUUUGUACCGAUUCUUUGCAUCGAUCAUCCCGUAUCUCGAUAAAACCCUAUAGCAGUCAGAAUACAAAGUCAGUUGCCAAUAAACCGUUCAUAGCGUCAAACCGAAUAUCAGCGCGUUAUACUCAGUCGAGCCAAUAAAGUUUUCGUUCUAAUUAUUCCCCAAAAUCGAAAGCACUAUCGAUCCAAAUUCGAAAUCCUACAGUGUCGUUAAGGGAGCACAUUGAUCGUGUUGUCGUCAAGUUUGGACUUCGUGACGCCAAAGGUGCGAAAACUCCGAUGGACACCGGAUACGUAAAAGAAGAGGACAAAAGUAGUUCAUUGUGUGAUGGGAAGCAAUAUCGCAGUCUCGUUGGUGCCUUGCUUUACAAAGCGGUCUGUGCUCGACUGGAUGUGGCCGUGAGUGCAUCGAUACUCGGACGCAAGGUAAGUGCACCAACCGAGCUGGACUGGGUAGCAGCGAAGCGAGUCGUUCGUUAUCUGAAGGCGACAAGGGAUUGGCGUUUGCAGUACAGCAUUCUGGUGGUGACCUGGACGGAUUUUCUGAUGUGGAUUGAGCGGGCGAUAUUCGUUCCAGGAAGUCGACCACUGGUUUUGUCUACCGGUACGCUGGCGGCGCAGUUUCUUGGUGCAACCGGAAGCAGUCGAGUGUCACUCUGUCUUCGAUGGAGUCGGCGUACGUGGCACUAAGUGAAGCGAGUCAGGAGUUGGUAUGGCUUCUGAAGUUACUCAACGAUUUGGGUGAACCGUACAACGGGCCUGUGAAAGUGAUGGAGGACAACCAGAGUUGCAUCGAAUUUGCAAGCUUGGAGCGAACCAUCCGGCGCUCGAAGCAUAUCGAGACGCGGGAGAACUACGUGCAAGAGUUGUUAUUUAUUUAUUUAUUUAUUUCGUCAAACAUACCGUAGACUACAAUUUCACUUAACUAUAUCACUUAAUAACUAUAUUCUAUUAUGUCUCAAAACCCUAACUAUUCUCUUAAAUUUGUUCUAGACUUGGUUAAACUAAUAGAUGCACAGUGGUGAUUAUAAAGGUUCAUUAUUCGAUUCAAAGGACCAAAUUUUGCAUAAUCUGUUCUAUGUUUGUUUAGAGCAAAUAUAUUACGGACUCGCAAUAGUCUAGCAGGAGCAUAGAAAUUUAUACAUGAUAGUAAGUUGGCGGAGUCGAUGCGUUGAGAUAUUAAAUCAUUUAUAAAUGAAACCAUGGCUAAUUCGCGACGCUCUUUCAAAGUUUGAAUAUCUAUAAGCAUGCAUCUAGCAUGAAUAUCUAUGAAGGCAGUGGAAAUGUUGACCAACCUAACUUGCGUAAGGCAUAUAGGAAGAACUGCUAUUGUAUUGAUUCGAUUCGAUCCACAUGUGUUACCAUGUAGGGAGACCAUACUAUGCUACAGUAUUCUAGAACUGAUCUUACAUAAGCGACGUACAAUGUUUUAAUCGUGUAUGGGUCCUGAAAGUUGUAGCUAAACCGCUUAAUGAAACUUAACAUAUUAGUUGCUUUAUGAGUGAUAGCGUUAUAAUGAUCGGUGAAAGUUAAUUUGGAAUCUAACACCUAAAUCUCUAAUUCUAUUACACUUUUCAACUUCUUGGUUUCCUAAAGAUACAAUUAAUGGUGGCGUUCUAUGUUUUCUACUGUACGUAAUUGAAUUACAUUUUUCCACGUUUAACUACAGCAGGCUUUUACUACACCAUUGGUCAAACAUGCGUAUUUCUCUCAAAAAACAUUCUCUGUCUUCUUCAUUUUUUAUUUCUUUGAAGAGUUUCAGAAGUUCAACAUAGUUUCCACUGUCCAUUGCACAUAAGGUGUAAUUAACAAAUUCUAACAAAUUUGUUGUAGUCGACCGACCUUUGAAAAAUCCAUGUUGUGCAUUCGUUAUUCUUAGUUUAAUUUGGUUAAACACACAUCUGUUUAUAAAAGAUUCAAAUAGUUUUGGUAUGCAUGAGAUAAUGGCAAUCCCACGAUAAUUACGAACAUCGGAUUUUUUACCAGAUUUGUAGAUGGUGUUACACUCAAAGGGGAUAAUCCCGAGACGCUCGCUGGGAACAAGACCCAACCGGCCUUGCCUCCAGGGGUUCCCAAACUCUUUGUCACAGGGUCGGCUCUUUGCGAUGAUCAGAAAUUCAAAACCACUAUAUUCGACUUUUCUAAUCACUUUAUUUAACUUACGGUUGUGUCGGUGUGAGUGUGUAGGGGCAGGCCGGCGGAGGUGGGCUGUUCGGGGUGAUCAGGGAUGGCGUAAGCGGUUCUUCGCAUGACUCUCGCUUGUGGCCGUUGGUCGAGACGGCUGUCGCAGGAUGUUCUCACCACGUGGGCGGCCAGACAGGGUUUGCGUACACCUGGCCUUAGGAUGAACAUUCCACGUGGGUCACCAUUCACGGUUUCCACUGGCUACUUGCUCCUAGCUGUUUCGGAGCGGACGCUCUGGCUCAGAGGUAGGAACCAGGUCCUAGCCGGAACUCCACGGGUCCUAAAGGGAACUCGGGGAGGUCUUAGGAUACAGGAAUGCCACACGAGGUUUCUAUAGGUUAGGUUACCUGACUCAAUUGGGUUUCGCUCUAACUAGGUUCUUCUUUUGCACUAAAUGGCCAAUAUCUGGGGCUACUUCUGACUGUAGUUCACUUCACUGAACUUAUAUGUGGGCCUGAACUUAUAGUCGGUGGGAGCUUAAGAUGGCGUUUCUUAGGCGAAGCAUGUUCUAACAUCAGUGAGGACUCACCACCUUUGGCAUCGCAAGGUGACCGAGCAUCAUGUGCGCUGCACACGAACUGUUCAAGCGGAGUUUGCCUAGGCGUGGCGGGGGUUCAGCAGUGGGCUCUACUGGGCCUCUUCAGAAAUACCACACAUCCGGAAGCAUCAACUCUGUUUAAGCGAACCGGCACCGCUUCCAAAGUGCCAUAGCCUAGUCAGGGGUGCCUCCGGCACAUCAGGAGCGAUGUCAGUAAGCUCCUGAUUACGAUAUACUGGCGCGCGACGAUACUGGUCAAUGAGAUGGUACACUCUAAGAGGACCGCGGAGUAGAGGAGUGCUGGUGGUGACGGCAUUCUAUCCUCUUAGUAGGGCCGGGUGACACUGACCUGAAACGACGGAUGGGCUAAUGUCGGAGCCGCCUUCCGUCCCAUAAAACCUUGGCAAGGUCUGCUGAGGCUCCGCGAUUCGGUCGCCCAGGCCCGGAGGGAGUACGAUCUCCUGUUUGAUCGUAGUGCGGGUAGAGAGGAGAGGUCCACGCAAACGGACCGCUCCUCCACAGAGAGUGUGUGCAAGGUGCAGCCAG